UUUGUAACAAGUGAGUAAGUGACAAACACAAACACGUAUAUAUAGUAUACAUGUGAAUGUAUGUAUGUGUGUGACGGGUAUAUAUAGCCAAUGAUGCUGUAAAAGAACUCACAAGAAUAAAAAGAAAAAGAAAAAAAAAUACAUUUCAGAAUCCCAAUUAUAUAAAGAAACAAGAAAGAUGGAAAUCACUAAGUUGCUUGUGGUGGUUUUCGUAGGAGUUGUGUGUGCCAAUGCCGCAAGGCAUCUCCCUGAAUAUACCAAAUUCAUGGACAAACAUUUAUUAGAAGUUGAGCCUAAUUGUGCCGCUGGUGGGGGUGGAGGUGGUGGCGGAGGAGCUACCGUUGAAGGUGGUACGGACAACGGAACCAACGAUAGAGCGAACGGCAACGGAGAUGCGAAUGGAAACGGGAAUGGGAAUGGACGUGCCGACUGUCUCGGAGGCGUAGAAGUUGGAGGUGGCGGUGGUGGUGGAGGCGGAGGUGGAGCCGGUGGCGGUUCUGGCGGUAGUACUGGUAGUUAUUUUAACGGAAGUGGUAGCGGUAUGGGUUAUGGUAGCGGUAAUGGUAGUGUCAGUAGCACUGGCGAGUAUUCGGCAAGCGGAGGUGGUGGCGGCGGUGGUGAAGGUAGUGGCGGUGGUGGUGGCGGUGAUGGUAGUAGUGGUAGCAGCAGCGGAAGCGGAAGUGGUAGUGGCAGCGGAAGCGGAACCGCUAUGGGCCCUGGUGUGUACAUAAGUGUAAGUGGUGGAGGCGGCGGUGGCGGUGGUGGAGGUGGAGGAGGUGGAGGCGGUGGCGGUAUUGGUGCUAGCGGAAGCGGCAGCGGUAGUGGCAGCGGUAGCGGAAGCGGAAGCGGCACUGUCCAUUCUUAACGUUUAAAUGGUAUCUAGUCUUAUGUGUGUGCGUGUCCUUAACGUCAGCUUCUAUUUAUAACAUUCUUAUCAUUGGGUGAUCAUGCUCGUGUUGUGUAAUGUUUCGUUUUUACAGUUAUAUUCUGGCAUAGUUAAAUAACUUUUGAAAUAUAUAAAAAUGCAAAAGAAAGAAAUAAAUAAAUUUCUGGAUGCCGAAAAGUUGCGGCAUUGCAUUUUUAAAAC